UCAAAUCUAAGUGGGGCCAUUUGUAGUGAGAAGAUAUAUAGGUGACUUGUACCCAAACCCUUAAGAAUUUAAGCCAAAAAAAAAAAAAUGGAGGAGUAUAUGAAGUUGUUUUUAGAGGAGACAAGUUGGUAUAAUGAAAUAGUGUUAUCAAAGAAGAUAUCAUCUUUGUUGCCUCACUUUAUAAGCUCUUGGCUUCGAACCACUCUUUUUGCUUUUAUAUUAUAUCCACUCACUGCCUUCUUUUGCCUCAACUUUUGGAAACGCUAUGCUUCGUCUUCCAAAGAGAAGAUGCCUUCAAAAAGAGAAAUGGUAUGGCAAGCAUUGGGAGCAUACCAAUCAAUACCAUUUAGCACAUUGUUUUCAACAGGUUUCGAGUGGAUGGCUGAGAAUGGUUGGACUCAAUGUUACCCUCGAAUAAGUGAUGUUGGUUGGCCUUCUUAUGUAAUUUACACAAUCAUUUAUCUUUUUAUUGUGGAAUUUGGGGUUUAUUGGGCUCAUCGAUUAAUGCAUGAUAUCAAGCCUAUUUACAAGUAUAUUCAUGCAUCUCAUCAUCGUUAUAGUAAAGAGAACAUCAUUUCUCCAUUUACAGGUUGGUCAGGGCACCCAUUGGAUGGAGCAUUACAAGAAUUUCCAUAUGGUGUGAUACUAAUAUUGGUUCCAGUACAUUUCACAACAUUUUUGGGACUUUUCCUGGUAGAAGCUGUUUGGGGUGUUGUUGUACAUGAUAGAAGUGACACUCAACUUUGGCCUAUCAUGGAUUCUAAAUUUCAUACCUUUCAUCAUACUGCUGGUCGUUACAAUUAUGGUAAUUAUACCAUUUUCAUGGACUGGUUUUUUGGUACCCUUCGCUAUCCUAAGACUUCCAAAUUUAUUAAACAUUAAUAAUUAUUAUGUAAUUCUAUUCAUCUUUAAGAUUUACUGUUCUCGUUCUAAAAUACUUGUAAUUGAUUGUGACACAUUGUGUAGAGAGUAAAUUUAUUUCAAAAUUCUAGACUGAGAACCAUUUAAGCACUUGCAAUCCCUCAAGAUCUGCUUUUGAAGGACAAAUUUUGCUCGUUAACAUGUUAUAAUACUAGUGUUGAUCAUUGACCAAGACGGUAAACCUUGGUAAAUUGUUAAAAAUGGUCCUAUGAUAUCUGGUUUGCGACAGCAGAAAUAAGAUCGUUGAAUAAUAAUGAAACAACAAAAAAAUUCAACCAAACAACAAGAACGAAGACAAGAGAUUUAACGUGGUUCACUAUCAAUGUGAUAGCUACAUCCACCGGCAUCGAGAUCGAAUAAUUUCACUAUGAUCGCAAAGAAUUACAAGAUGAAUCAAGAUAUCACUCACAAAUUACAAUGACUCUCUUGUGAUCUCUCUCAAUUUAUGAUAAAAAGCCUUAACCCUAAAAUGGGGUUUUAUAAAUGAAUCCCCAAUAAAAGAAGUUAAUUGCUUAAUUAAAACAAAAUAACCGGCCAAAAACAAGUGAAGAGAAUUGCUCCCGUGAAGAAAUACCCGCAGCCAAGUCGGCUGCCUAGUAAUCUUCAAUGGCGCCGAGUCGGCUUAUUCUUCUGGACAAAAACACGAAUUUGGCAGCAUCUAUCGUCAAGUCGGUGGUCCUUCACAUGCCAUCGACGCCGACUCGGCUUUGUCCACUAGAAAAUUCCUCAGUCCCUAUGAACCACGACGACUCGUCUUCAAUCUUGGCCCAGAAAAAAGCCAACUAGGCUUUUGCUACUAGAAAUCAACAUUUCCCCAAAACCUUUGAUUCAUCAAUCUCCAUGCGUAAGAAAAGUUACUUGUAUAAGCACAUGGAUCACUCUCAAACGAGAAAAAUACAAAGUUUUAAUAUGGUAGAUUUUGAACGAGUUUGCUCAUUUGAGUGCUCCUAUAUGUUAGAUUGUCCUCUUGUUCGUUCGAGCAAGAGUUGUGGUAGAAUUUGGACCAACUGUAAAUGAUUCAUAUUAGUAUGAUAUUGUCCACUUUGGAUCAAACUUUUACGGAUUGGAUUUAUUUUUGGGCAUCUUUUCUAAAUGCCUUAUAAUAAUUUGAAGUUGAAUCACUUAUAUAUUUGUCUAACAAGACUUACACAAGAGAAAAGGUUAUUACACACAAAGCUGAUUAGCUUCCAUCUUAAACCCAAUUGGAAUAGGGAGAGUAGCCCACUAAGUUUAUAUAUUAGUCAGCUUCUAUCUAUUUUUUUGAUAUAGAAUCACAUACGAAUAUAUAUCCAACAGAACUUAAUGCGGGAGAAUUUUUUAAAAAGAUAUAGCAGAUUAAUUGAAAAGAACAAGGGAGUUAAUUGGAGUCACUAAUAACCUAAUUAGAUUAUUAGGCUAUAUAUCUCACACUCAUUUAAGACAUGCUGAUUAGAAGAACACGUUUUCAUGCAUCACAACAAGUAGUAGCGUAGGAGUACACUAAUUUCAAGCAUAUUAAUCGAAUACAAUUGAACAGUUGUACUUGUUGACUUUAAUGAGUGCGAACUAUGGUGUUUAAUAUUAAUACUAACAUGUGAACUAAGGAAUUCAAGGGCAACAUGACACAUGUAUUGUACUACUCAAUAAAAAUUGACCAUAAAUUGACCUACGAAUAUUUAAUACUCCUAAUUUAUAAUUUUC